AUGCUGUUAUCACCCCUGUUGUCGAAGGACAACAUUAUAUUUGGGCUCCAACUCUUCAUUCCGAGCAUCAUUGCCUAUGUCUUUGCGUGCGCCGUCUACAAUCGCUACUUCCACCCAUUGAGGGAUAUCCCCGGACCAUUUUGGGCUUCAAUCACCAGUCUCUGGUACUUUCGAGCCGUGCGAAAUGGUCGGGGUCAAGACUACCAACUCCCGAUCCACAAGAAAUAUGGCUACCUUGUCCGGCUUGCCCCAAAUCAGGUUUCAGUCGCCGACGCCUCGGCCGUCGACACUAUAUACGGUCCCAAAUAUGAAUUUACCAAGGGCGACUUUUACAACAAUUUCCUGACGCACAUUUCCAAACGCAAGGAUAGUUUCGCCGAACGGGAUGAGGCAGCUCACACAUGGCGACGACGGACAGUGGCGCACCUGUACACUCAAGCUGCUGUGCUCGAGUACGAGCCGUGCGUGGACAGGGUAAUCGCCCUCUUCCGCAAGCAGAUGGAUCACUUUGCCGACACUGGAGAAGUCUUCGACGUGUCCGUUUGGAUCCGCAAGUACACCUUUGAUAUCAUUGGCGAGAUCUUUUACGGGCGAGAAGGUGGUUUUGGUUUCAUCAGAGACAACAUCGACUAUAACAAUUGGUGUCAUUUGAUGGACGUCAUGCCCAACCCUGCUGCGGCAUUGAACAAUAUACCGUGGGGUUUCCGAAAUCUGUACUUUCUAUCCCAGAUGAUCUAUCCCGCGACACGCGCGGGAGCAAAGGGUUUCUUCACUGUGAUUGACCAAUCCCACGCAGCGGUGAAGCAGCGUCUGGACGACAUGGCCGAGGGGAAGCCGUACAACCGAAACGACGUGCUCAGCAAACUCAUCGACAUCGCCAACGACCCCAAGAACGACUUUGGCAUCCUCGACGUCACCACAGAACUCUGGGCCAUGAUCUGGGCGGGUUCCGACACCACGUACAUUGCGCUGACGGCCAUCUUCUACUACCUGCACAAAAACCCGCCGACUCUGGCCAAAGUGCGCGCCGAGAUCGAAGAGGCUUUUGCCAAUGGUACCCUCAAGUACCCCGUGCGGUACAACGACGCCAUCAAGCUGCCCUACCUCCACGCGGUGGUGCGCGAGGCGAUGCGCAUGCACGGGUCACUGGGCACGGGCCUGCCGCGGGUCGUGCCGUACCCGGGGGUGGAGAUCUGCGGGCGCUUCUUUCCCGGCGGCACGACGGUCAUGAUGAACGCCAACGCGGUGCACUUUGACAAGGCCGUCUUCGGCGCCGACGCCGAACAGUUCAUCCCGGAGCGCUGGUUCCGCGACGGCGAGAAGGCGGCCGCCCACAUGGAACGCCACAUGAUCCAUUUCGGGUACGGCAAACGCAUCUGCAUCGGCAAGCACAUCACCACCACCGAAAUGUACAAGCUGCUCCCGGCCAUCCUGCGCGACUACGACUUUGAUCUCCAGAUGGACGGCAAGGAGUGGUCCGUCUGGCAGGGCUGGUUCCACCAGCCAAAGGACGUCAUGGUCACCGUCCGCAGGAGGCACAGCGAUCAGGUGUGA